AUGACCUCAGUUGAAGUGGCAGAUAAAAGCACAAACACUCUUCGAUCAUUAUCGUCACAAAUAUAUCAAAGCCCCCACAAACCUAUUCAGGGAUCAUCAACAUCAUUGUCAUCAUCCUCCCUUUCACUCCAAAGUGGAAGUGUUUAUGAGCCAUCAUCGGAGUCAUUGCAUGAAACUAAUAUGAUGAUAUCCAAAGAACUAUUGGUGAAAGUGGAAAUAUUCAAAAUUGAAAAUAAUAGCAGAUUUUAUCUGGGCUUGCCCAAGUCAGAAUUUUUUUUCAUCAAAUUACUCCAGGAAGAAUUAGAAGUUCCUGUAGAACAUAUUUAUAUCGUUCUUAAGAAAAUACGAACAGAUGACCAAUUUGUACGAUUAGGGACAGAUUUUGCAUUAAGCACUAGUGGUGUCAGUAAUAUAUUUUCAAAAACAUUGCCAAAAAUGGCUACAAAACUCAACGAGUUAAUUUUUUGGCCUGAGAAAAGUAAAAUUCAGCGAGUUCUACCUAGGCAGUUUCAGACGUAUUAUAAAAAUGUUGAAGCAAUCAUUGAUUGCUUCGAAAUACAGGUUGAAAGACCUAGUGCAGCUUACCAGCAAGCUUUAACCUGGAGCAAUUAUAAAACUUGUAACACAUGCAAGUAUUUAGUGUCAAGUACUCCAAAUGGGCUAAUUAAUUUUAUAUCAGAAGGGUUUGGAGGUCGCACAUCAGAUGUAGAAAUAAUUAAGCAAUCAGGGUAUUUGACCGUUGUACCUGAAAAUGCAACUGUAAUGACUGAUAGGGGCUUCAAGCAAGUAGCAGGGCUUUUCCAGAAAAAAAAGGUGAAUCUAGUUAGACCUCCCAGCGUCACAAGCACCAGAAAAAUGACGAAGGAUGAGGUACGUCAGUCAAAACUUGUCGCAGCGUUGAGGAUCCACAUUGAAAGAUUAAUUCGUAGGAUCAGAGAAUUUCGAAUGUUGGGUCCACAUGCUACCACAGAUCAUAAUUUGGUGCCACUUUUGGAUCAUAUUGUAAUUGUUGCUUGUGGUUUGAUAAAUUUGCAAGGUCCAUUAAUACAAUAG